AUUUACAUGGUAUUGUCUGACGGGUCCAACUCCUCAAACGCUGAGGUUACAGGUGCGGCUAUUUGCCAAGUACGUUGAUAAACUGGUAGAUCUCUUGGAACAGGGAGGGACAUGGUGCACUGUUUUAACUGUAUCACCUUCGGUACAAUGGGCGAUUUGGGCGAACCACUGGACAUACUAGACGAGUCAGAUUACGACCAAUGGGUGAUGUACUUGUUUGUCACUAUCAGACCUGUGAGCAAGUUUAAUUCGCUAGCCAUCCACCAUUCGCUCUUCCGACUUGUCAAAUCUCUCUUCCCUGAAGCUUCUGAACAUACAAAGGCUGAAUACUUUCAGUAUAGCGUCGGUCUCGUAUCCAAGCGUGUUCAGUAUGGUCUUACUCCAGAAGAAUUGAAUUCGAACUCCACCAUGGGACCGAUACUACGUUCAUAACGUUCUUAGGCCUCACCUCUGGGGCACCACAAUUCACUGAGAAGCGGCAAAGCGAGAGGCUGAAACAUGCUCGGGUGAUAAGAAGGCUGCGUUGCCGCUGUUCGGUCAGCGA